AUGGCCAGAAUUGCUCCAGUCUACUGCAGCUUGUUUGCCCUAAUGAGGGAAAGUGAAAAGAUAUGGUUCCCUCCUAACCACAUCUUUAAACUAGACCACCCAGCCAGUGAGAGCCUGCACUUUAGAAUCAGAUACUAUUUCCCUGGCUGGUAUAACAGCAGCAAUUCAUUGUAUGCCCACCGCUAUGGCGUGUCCAAGGGGAUGGAGAGCCCUGUGAUGGAUGAUUGUGUCAUGGCAUACCAAUUUCUUCAGUGGCGGAGUGACUUCCUGAAUGGCUUGGCUCCUAUUCCGGUGAACCACGAGGCCCAGGAGGAGUGUCUGGGCAUGGUGGUGCUGGACAUGAUGAGGCUCGCCAAGGAGAGUGGAAAGUCACCCGUGGACAUCUACAAUGAUACCAGCUACAAAUCAUUCCUGCCCAAAUGCAUGCAAGGCCGCAUCCAGGAGUACAACAUCUUGACUCGGAAAAGGAUCCGCUAUCGCUUUAAGAAGUUCAUCCAGCAGUUCACUGACUGCAAGGCCACCGUUUGUAACCUCAAACUGAAAUACCUGAUGAACCUGGAGGAGAAGCUGCCCUGCCUGUACUCAGAGCGCUUCCAAGUCACAGACCUCUCCGCACGGGAGGUUACCAUCGUUGUCAUGGCCGACACAGGCAUCCAGUGUUCGAAAGGGAAAGAGGAGGACGACGCAGAAGAGGAGCUGCAGACAUACUGUGACUUCUCAGAGGUGAUCGACAUCAGCAUCAAACAGUCCAAUAAAGAAGGCUCCGUGGAGAGUCGCAUAGUGACUCUCACCAGACAGGACAACCACAUCCUGGAACUGGAGUUUCGCUCGCUCCCAGAGGCUCUGUCCUUCGUGUCAUUAGUGGAUGGGUAUUACAGGCUGGUUGCAGACGCCCAUCAUUAUCUGUGUAAAGAGGUGGCUCCACCAAGACUUCUGGAGUGCAUUCAGAGCUACUGCAACGGCCCUGUGUCGAUGGAGUUUACCAUCGGUAAGCUGCGUCGCUCUGGUAACCACCAAGGCCUGUACCUCCUCCGCUGCAGCCCCAAGGACUACGACAAAUACUUCAUGUCAUUCGUGGUGGGGUAUGAAACUUUGGUGGACUAUAAGCACUGUCAGAUUGUGAAGAUGGAGACAGGAGAGUACAAUCUGAGCGGAGCCAAGAGGAGCUUCAGCUCGCUCAAAGAGCUGCUGCACUGCUACCAGAAGGAGGCGCUGCGCACCGAUGGAUACACGUUCCAGCUGAGCAGGUGCUGCUCGCCCAGCCUCAAAGAGAAGUCCAACCUGGUGGUGUGCAGGAAUAAUCGCGGGGCAGAUGUUCCUCUGUCUCCCUCGCUCCACAAACACAACAUCAGCCAGAUGGUCUUCCACAAGAUCCGAAAAGAGGACCUCGUCAUCAAAGAGAGUCUGGGCCAAGGAACUUUCACCAAGAUUUUCUGUGGUGUGAGGAAGGAGACGGGAGACUACGGGGAGAUUCACAAGAUAGACGUCGUUAUCAAGAUCCUGGACAAGUCUCACCGCAACUAUUCAGAGUCCUUCUUUGAAGCAGCCAGUAUGAUGAGCCAGCUCUCCCACAAGCACUUACUCCUCAACUUUGGCGUGUGUGUUUGUGGCAAUGAGAACAUGAUGGUGCAGGAGUAUGGUAAAUUUGGUUCACUGGACACCUACCUGAAGAAGAAUAAAAGCUGUGUUAACAUCACCUGGAAGCUAGAGGUGGCCAAGCAGCUCUCCUGGGCUAUGCACUACCUGGAGGAUAAGAACCUCAUCCAUGGAAAUGUUUGCGCCAAGAAUGUUCUUUUGAUCCGAGAGGAGGACCGGAUGACGGUCAGCCUGCCCUUCAUCAAACUCAGUGACCCGGGCAUCAGCAUCACCGUGCUGCCCAAAGAAGUUCUGGUGGAGCGUAUCCCAUGGGUGGCCCCGGAGUGCAUUGAAAACCCCCAAAACCUGAGUUUAGCCACAGACAAGUGGGGCUUCGGGACCACCCUCUGGGAGAUCUGCAGUGGAGGAGACAAACCUCUCAGCACCCUGGACUGCUCCAAGAAGAACUUGUUCUAUGAGGACAGGCACCAGCUGCCGGCUCCUAAAUGGACGGAGCUGGCCAAUCUGAUCAACAGCUGUAUGGACUACGAGCCCUCACACCGACCCUCCUUCAAAGCCAUUAUCAGAGAUCUCAACAGCCUCUUCACUCCGGACUACGAGCUGCUGGUGGAGAGCGACAUGGUGCCCAGCAGGACUCGAGGCUGCAGCUUCCCGUGGGCCUCAGAGAGCCACGAGCCCGCCCAGUUUGAGGAGAGACACCUCAUCUUUCUCAAGCAGCUGGGCAAAGGAAACUUUGGCAGCGUGGAGAUGUGCCGGUACGACCCCCUGCAGGACAGCACGGGGGAGGUGGUGGCCGUGAAGAAGCUGCAGCACAGCACGGCGGAGCACCUCAGGGACUUUGAGCGGGAAAUCGAGAUCCUCAAAUCCCUCCAGCAUGAGAACAUCGUGAAAUACAAAGGAGUCUGCUACAGCGCAGGACGGAAGAACCUCCGACUGAUCAUGGAGUACCUCCCCUACGGCAGCCUGAGAGAUUACCUCAUCAAACACAAGGACCGCUUCGACUUCAGCAAACUGCUGCACUACGCGUCACAGAUCUGCAAGGGCAUGGACUACCUUGCCACUAGGCGGUACAUCCACAGAGACCUGGCCACGAGGAACGUCCUGGUGGAGAGCGAGAUGAGGGUGAAGAUCGGAGACUUCGGCCUGACCAAGGUGCUGCCGCACGACAAGGAGUACUACACCGUCAGAGAGCCAGGGGAGAGCCCCAUCUUCUGGUAUGCUCCAGAGUCGCUGACAGAGAGCAAGUUCUCUGUGGGAUCAGACGUCUGGAGUUUCGGCGUUGUCCUCUACGAACUCUUCACCUACAGUGACAAGAAAUGCAGCCCACCGGCGGUGUUCAUGGACAAAAUGGGAAAUGAAAAGCAGGGCCAGAUGAUCGUCUACCAUCUGAUAGAUCUUCUGAAACAGGGAUACAGGCUGCCUGCUCCUGAUAAUUGUCCAAAUGAGAUGUACAAGAUGAUGACAGAGUGCUGGAGCAGCGAGCCGGGACUGCGCCCUUCAUUCAAGACAUUAAUCCACAGUGUGGAGACUGUACGAGAGAACAAAGACACAUUGCAGCUUAACCUUUGACCUUUAGGUGUCCACUGGGGAGUCAAUCCUCACUGAAGGUGUCAGUGACCUCACUGCUGUGAUGCAGUCGGACGUCCACUCGUGUUCUUUUGUGGCUCUGCAUGUCGCUCAAACAGGGAUGAUGAGUGGUAGUAUCUACUUUCUUAGCAGUUUAGCUUGACAUGUUGUAAUAACCUGGUUGAUUAUUACACUAGAUCUGACUUAAACACCAAAUAUAAGACAUGAGAUGCUUUUUUUUUUUUUAAUUCACAAUUGAAUACAUUAUUUUUUUUAUGUUAUUCUCUAGUCUAAGUAAGUUGUGUUGGAUGUUUAAGCCUUGAAAUCAGUAUCAGUAGCAAACAUAUAUAAAUAACCAACAAGCAGCAUUUUGUUUGUUAAUGCACACAAGGGGAGCAGUUAUGAACAUCUCUACAGGUGGUUACAAAUCACAUUCCUGCUGUUACAGAUGUUUAUUACACAUUGAGGUAACUUCAUGCCGAUUGAGCGUCUGGCCCACUGAUAAAAGAUUUAGCAUUUGCAAGAUAACGAAAUUGGUGUCUGUUGUGACAUUCCAAGGAAAAAGGAUACAUGGUUCACAGAAGGGGAAUGGGAUCUCAAAACUCUUGCUUUGCUUCCCUGAGAUUUGAACUUAAUCACCAUCCACUUAUUUAUUUACAUCACUUCAUGCAAUGUGCAAACAAAAAGCAUUACAGACAUUUCCUUAAGAUCUGGGCAGCGAGAAGUGUCAGAUCAUGGACUAAUGUAUACAACGUUAGUCCAAUGCUUUGUUUUUGAAACCGGAAAUGAUGAGGGUGAUGUAAUAAGUGAUGGGUUGAUGUCUUUUUUUUUUAUAAUUACAGUAUAAUGUUUGCAGUGUUACAAGGAUAUUUUGUCUGUAGAUACAGAACCUUUUGUCAUCAUGUGUCCACCCAUUUAAAGUGACUAAGGAGCAUGUGCAUAAGUUAAAUAUGUGUCCUGAGGUGCUUUGCAAUGUCUGCCAAAAAUGUGUCUUUAAAAAUGGAAUGUUUUAAACGUUUUUUUUACAGUAUCUAUCAAUGUGUGUACUGACUUAACGAGGGGAUUGUUCAAAGUCAGUCCCUGAACAGAUUGUAAUUUGUGGAACAGCAUCUGUCUUAUUUGGAAAAAAAACGAAGUUAUUUUUUGUGGCAAAUCUUACACACGCUCACACAAAAUGUCAAAGGACGGACGCCCUCUCACAUCCCUGAGAAUAAGUCAUUGUAAAGAGCAACGCUUUCUCACUUACAAACAUACCAGCGCUCUAACCUCGGGCACUACCACAAUCACACAUUGUUUACGUCAAGUCUGUGUCUUCAGAGUUUCUAAAUCUUGCCAAGACGGAAAAUUUACUUUAUUUUCCCACCUCAGAUAUUUUUCCUCAUAAAGCCCUUAUUGUGAAGUUUGUACAUUGGUGUGUGAACCAAAUAUUAUUUUGUGAAGUAUGUAUUUAUCACAAGAUUGUCAGGAAAACAAAGGAUGUUAAACCAGAUUUAACUGGUGUUUUUUUUACCAUGUUUCAUUUGAGUUUUGUUCAGUGUCAGUGACACCUUGUUCUGUCAUCCAACGGAAAACAUGCAGCUACAUUUAUGACAUGUAUAGAUAAAUGUAAAUAUUAUAAAAAUUGAUAUGUAUUAUAUUCCAGGUGUGUACAUAAUUGUAUUAAAGAAAACAUAUUGCAGUACUA